UCUUGGUCCCAACUCAAUCACACGACGUAGGGUUCCACCGACUCACAGGAGCUCGAGAAAACGAGAACAUCGUCACGGAAAAAGGCCAUCCGCUCCCUCGCCGCGCUACUUCUCCUCUCUCUUGCUCCUUCCUCCCGAUUCUCCGAAACCAUGAAGGUCCCCAUGGGUCCUCCCCCUCCUCGAAACCCUAACCCUAACCCUAAUCCUGCCCCUGAACCCCCGAUUGCAGAUCAAACCCUUGGCGACGACACGCAGACCAGUGCCCAGGAUGGAGCUCGCGCGGAGGAGACCAGUGCGCCGGCCGCGGAUUCAGUCCCGGAGGAACCCGAAAAACCUACCGGUAGCCCGGAUGAUAACCCCGAAUCUAAUUCCUCGGGAUCCCAACCCGGGAAAUUGGCAGUUCCUUACUCGAUUCCUCCGUGGAGCGAGCCCCCCGGUUACCCUUUCUUCCUCGAGGUCCUCAAGGACGGCACCAUCAUCGAACAAUUCGACGUGUCUUCCAAAGGGGCCUACAUGUUUGGACGCGUAGAUCUUUGUGAUUUUGUGCUGGAACAUCCAACUAUUUCUCGAUUCCAUGCAGUUCUGCAGUUUAAAAAAGAUGGUGAAGCUUUUCUUUAUGAUCUUGGUAGCACGCAUGGCACCUUCAUCAACAAAAUGCAGGUAAAGAAGAACAUAUAUAAAGCAGUCCAUGUUGGUGAUGUAAUUCGAUUUGGCCUCUCCACACGGUUAUAUAUCUUCCAAGGACCUUCUGAAUUAAUGCCAGCGGAAGGUGAUUUGGAUAAAAUACGAAGUGCUAAGAUUCAAGAAGAGAUGCUUGAUCGUGAAGCUUCACUUUUACGUGCAAGGGUUGAAGCUUCUCUUGCAGAUGGCAUUUCAUGGGGAAUGGCUGAGGAUGCAAUCGAAGAAGCUGCGGAGAAUGGUUCAGAUGAAGUAACAUGGCAAACAUACAAAGGGCAGCUUACUGAGAGGCAAGAAAAGACUCGUGGAAAAAUUAUAAAAAGAUUGGAAAAGGUUACAAACAUGAGGAAAGAGAUAGAUGCUAUUCGCGCAAAAGACAUUGCGCAGGGAGGCCUAACUCAAGGUCAACAAACACAGAUUGCUCGAAAUGAACAGAGAAUAUCACAGAUUAUGGAGGAGUUGGAGAGCUUGGAAGAGACUUUGAAUGAGAGCAUUCAAGAAAGUAUUGGUGCACGUGCUGGAAAGAUAGUCCGUGACAGGAAGAAAGGAAAUGUUGAGGAUGAAGAUGACAAGUUGAGUGAUGAUGAUGAGUUCUAUGACCGGACAAAGAAGAAGCCUUCUGCUCGAAAAUCUGGCGAAGAGAAGUCAGUUGAAACAGCCGAUACUCUUCUCGACAAAAAGGAAGCCAUUAUUAAUGAAAUGGAGAAGAUGAAAGAAUUGCUUGCAAAAGAGAGAGAGAAACUGGAGCCAAACAAUGAGAACAAUACAGAAGCUGCAGAUGACCUUGACACAUACAUGAGUGGGUUGUCAUCUCAACUAGUGCGUGACAAAGUCAUACAAAUGCAGAAGGAACUGUCUGAUCUUCAAACCGAGUUGGACAAGAUAAUGUAUUUGCUGAGAAUUGCUGAUCCAAUGGGAGAAGCUGCUCGGAAAAGAGAUGUGAAAGCACAAGUACCCGAGUCCAAACCAAGUACUAACAUCCUGAAACAACCUUCGUCUGCACAAAAGCAGGUCAUUGUGCCUAAAAAGCCUUCAACAGGUUCCCAGCCUGAGGAAACUUCCCAUUCCACACAAGCUGUGCAGCAUGCUGAAGAAGGUAAAGAUGCUUGCAAAGAGGAAAGUAAUGGAGCACCUGCAUUCGCCUCCAUGAAACCUCAGUGGCUUGGUGCCAAAAGGGACAUGGAACCAGAGGAGAACAAGAUAGUGGAAGCUCCUUUAGAUGAGUCAGACAAUUUUAUUGAUUACAAAGACAGGAAAAAGGCUCUUGCCUCAGUUGAUGAUGGUCAGGAGAUUGAACGUGCAGCUCCUGGUCUUAUUAUAAGGAAACGCAAGCCCAUUGACGAGCCUGGAGUCACCGUUGAUAAAGCUCCUAAAGUGGAUGGAUUGCCGUCAUCUGACACAUCGGCUGCUGAUGCUGUGGCUCUGCUGCUGAAGCACAAACGGGGGUACUUUGCUAUAGAUGAUGGACAUCAAAACCAUCAAUCGGAAAGUGAAGGUCAAGCGGGGAAGGAGGUGUCGCAGCCCAAACGGGUGCUUGGACCUUCAAGACCUACAUUUCUUGACAGCAGUCCAGAUUAUGAAUCAUGGAUGCCUCCGGAAGGACAAACUGGUGAUGGACGCACCUCAUUGAAUGACCGCUUGGGUUAUUGAUGAAUGGUAUUUCAAUGCAAUGAAGAUCUUUGCAAUGUUUCCUCUUAACGUUGGAAUUGUUAUUGAAGAAACGAGCAUCCCGAUGAAAGCAGCUUUGGAUAGCGGAUCAGCUUUUGGAUGAUGCCAUGAAAGUGAGCCUUGACUGCAAAUAUGGCCUUCAAAGAUCUGGCCCGCUGAUGCUAUUAUGUAUAAUAUGGUGCAAGCUCUCCCUAUACCCUAUGGUUAGGGUCAAUGCCUCAUUAAAUUUAGCAUUAAUCUGUUUGGCGGAUGGAUGACUCAUAAUCUCUGCCAGAUUUUGGCUUAAAGAUUAUGUUCCUGCAGCAAGUACGAAAUCAACGAUCUGUCGGCAAAGUUAAUGCUGAUUGAGAGUGUACGUGAACCCGUAAAUUGUAAUUAGAAUUGUAAAUUGACCUUUUCUUGGCCCUGUGGGCUUUGAAUGCGGGCCCAGGUUUACUUCAUACUAGUGCUAACGAUUGUGGAUCAGUAGAUGUUCAGGGCCCUUGUAGGGCUGAAUAUCCGCAUUUGUUUCCACUUUAGUAGAGGAAUAUGGAUGAGAAUAUUAAUUGAGUGCUAAAAUUUCUACUCUGUAUGUGUUUAA